GUGUAGGUCCACUUACUUCAAAGACAUGAGCCGUUUUCUUUGAAAGUGGUGUUAGUCCAUUUUGACAAAAAAAUUAUUUAAUGUUUGUUUGCCUCCUCUAUAUUUUCUCGUUUUAAAUAAACUUUUGUAAUAAACUUGGUUUGCAUCCAUUUGAUGCUUUUGAACAGUAAAAUGAACAGAACAUUAAUACCAACUGCUCAUUCGCUUCACAUCGAAGAAAAAUUCAUAAAGCAUCUUGCGCCUAAAACUCCACUCUAUUUCUGCUUCAAACAGCUGACGUUACCUUAUCAAAACAAAUAAGGUCUUUGUCAAACGAUCAGUUGUUAUGUACGUAUAUACUUAGUUGUGUGGGCAGAAGUUGUUAUUGUGCCUUAGAAAGAUGGUCACUUCAAGAGCAUUAUUAUGUUCAAGUAGAAUUAUAGCGAUUCGUUUAUUUACAACAAAUAUCGGCACCCCUUCAGUAGUGCGCAUCGUUGAAGUUGGACCACGUGAUGGCCUUCAGAAUGAGCCCAAGAUACUGCCUGCUGCAAUUAAAAUUUCACUGAUCGAUCAACUGUCUGACACAGGCUUACAGACAAUUGAGGCAACAUCCUUUGUUAGUCCCAAAUGGGUGCCACAGAUGGGUGACAAUACUGAAGUGCUGCGUGGCAUACAAAAGAAAUCCGGUGUGAGUUAUCCAGUUCUUACGCCUAAUCUAAAAGGCUUCGAAAGCGCUCUAGCCGCCGGUGCCAAAGAAGUAGCGAUAUUCGGUGCGGCUUCAGAUUCUUUCUCCAUGAAGAAUUUAAAUUGUACCGUAGCUGAGAGCAUAAAGCGGUUUCACCCCGUGCUGGAAGCGGCGCAAAAGGCUGGUGUUAAAGUGCGUGGCUACGUUUCCACUGUGUUGGGUUGUCCCUAUGAAGGCGCAGUGAAACCAAGUGCGGUUGCCAAGAUUGUGGCCGAUCUUUUUAGCAUGGGAUGUUACGAAAUUUCGUUAGGAGACACUAUUGGCGUGGGAACGCCAGGCACUAUGCGCCGCAUGCUAGAUGAGGUGGUAAAAGUAGUGCCACCAAAGGAACUUGCCGUGCACUGCCAUGACACCUAUGGGCAAGCGUUAGCCAAUAUACUUGUUGCCUUAGAAUACGACAUAACAGUGGUCGACUCAUCUGUGUCGGGGCUUGGCGGUUGUCCUUAUGCGCGCGGCGCCUCUGGCAAUGUUGCAACCGAGGAUGUAGUUUAUAUGCUACAUGGAAUGGGCAUCGAAACUGGAGUAAACCUUGAGAAACUAAUAAAGGUUGGACGCUAUAUAUGUGAAGAGUUGGACCGUAAAACAGAAUCAAAAGUGAACCGUGCUUGGAAAGGUGCGCAAUCCAAUAACGCAUACUAAAUAUUUACUAUACGUGCAAUAAUAACCAAUCAUGAUACCGAAUCUG